AUGGCGGCAACGUCAGAUCCCGCCAAUACUGCGCGCCCUGAACGGCCGGUAUUGCGGCACAGCUCCUUGUCCGGCGGGUCCUUUAUCCAGGAUCACCAGCAAUACAAGCCCACGCCGCCCAUUACACAGAACAUCACCGACGUCCUGCUCAAUUCCGAAGAAAACUCCAAGUCGUCGCUGCUCUACAAUGCCAACCCAAUCAGUCCAGACCCGGAAAGGGUGACUGACAGUGGCAUCGUCCACAGCAUUUUCCCCACCUCUCCGAAUCCGCUGCCCGCAGGAACCCCGAAACUCGUGGCGACCAUCUUCUACAAAUCCGCCAAUGCUCACAACACCGAUGCGCCUAGUGUCUCUGGCAGUGGCCUGUUGCCUUCACCGUCUGUACCAAUUGGCUCGGCCCCGACUGUCGACAUUGAGAAGCUCCCUCGAGAGCCCCCCGGCCCUGAGCCCGAGCCAUUGGACCACCUCUACGGCCCGUUUGUGUCGCAAUUAUGUCUUACGCAUUUCUUGCAGAUUGUCGAGGGUCUGCAUACCCCGUACCAGCGCAUGAACACAUCACAUCGCUGUCUAGACCAAGAAGACCAACCGCGCGUCGUCGAGGUCACUAUUUCUCCUUUACCCAAUCCAGAUUACCUAUCCUUUGCCGAUCUGCGCAAACACGAGAAUAUCUGGCGCUUUGAGCGGGAGUGGAAUGUCGAAGUGGUGUUGCAAAAGGACAGCGUCUUUAGGCAAUACAAGCGCCUGGCUGUCUUUGAUAUGGACAGCACGCUGAUCCAGAACGAGGUCAUUGACGAGAUUGCCAAGUUUGUGGGCGUUGAGAAGGAAGUUUCCGAAAUUACAGCGCGAGCGAUGAACGGCGAACUCGACUUUACUGCCUCGUUAAAAGCCCGAGUGGCUCUCUUAAAGGGAGUGCCAGCCGAUGUAUUUGAGAAACUCAAAUCCAUCGUAACCAUCUCCCCCGGAGCCCGGGAAUUGUGCAGAUGCUUGAAAGUGCUGGGCUAUAAGAUGGCUGUCCUCAGUGGCGGAUUCCAGCCCUUGGCCGAAUGGCUUGCAGGCGAGCUCGGCAUCGACUAUGCUUUUGCGAACCACCUUGAAAUCGACGAAACAACCCAAACCCUAACGGGCAACCUCGUCCCCACCUUCCCCAUCAUCGACGCCGCCCAAAAACGCACUCUUCUGCAAAAGCUCGCCGCCGAUAACAAAAUCCCCAUCAAGCAGACAAUUGCCGUCGGCGACGGCGCUAACGAUUUGCUCAUGCUACACGAGGCUGGGUUGGGUGUUGCCUGGCGCGCCAAGAGCAAAGUGCAACUCGAGGCGCCGACGCGGCUGAAUGGCGAGAGCUUGACGGAUAUUUUGUAUCUGCUUGGUUUGGGUCAUGAGGCUAUUGACGAGAUGAAUGCUGUUGCAAGCUGA